AUGGCUUCGACCGAGGAUGACCCCGUCAUUGCGUCCUACGACGUGGUUCUCACUGACUCCGAAAUUUCACGUUACGUCUUCCAGUACCUUGAUCGUCCAGCGUCCAAGCCGUACAAUGAAAGGAGAGGCCAGAAGCCAACCGUCAUGCGUAUGAAGACCGACUCGGGCUUGGUCGAGAUGGAAGUGCCUAUUUUCACACGUUGCACAUACGAUGUCGACAAGGGAAUCCGUUAUGGCGAUGCGCUGAAGAAAGGCCGCCUCGCGCGCAAUGGUGGUGCUUAUGGAAUGGCGGGUGGCUUCAGUACCGGUGGAAUACCCAGUGGUGGAAACAGAGUCAAAUCUGAAGGCCGAGAUGACGUGGAGGUCCUGGACAGUAAGAAGGGCAUGGAUCCGUCUGCGCUUCUGAGAACACAGCCACUUGGCGGGCGCAUCAAGCCUUCCGAAGAAGGUGAUCCGGUCUAUAUGCUGGCGACCUUCAAAGGAAAAACGUUGCACUUAUCACCUGUCUCCGCCGUGGUUCAAUUACAACCUCAAGUCCACCAUCUGGAUGCAGCAGAUGAACUGCCAAAGGCCAGGGGUGCCAAGGGCAGGAAAGAGGACGAGGACCGCCCCGCCGAGGCCGAAGCACGCGCCAUUGAUGUCAAAGUCAAGGGUGCCGAAGACGGAGGAGCGGUCCUUCACGGAAACCUGGAUCUACUUAAGCGAAUGCAGGAAGAACAGUGGAAGAACUUUGAAUGGGUCGACGCCGAGACGGAGGACUCAUGGUAUACAUAUGAGAAUUACAUGAUGAGCCAAAAGCUUGACGAGCUACCCGAGCUCAAAGCUACCAUUAAUAGCGAGCAAUAUCUCGAUGGGAUGAGUGCUCCGCGUAUCGACCCUGCUCGUCCUGAAAUGACAGGGUGGGCUAUGAAGCAAAAUCGACAAAAGCAGAUGGAGGGACCAUCAGACAGCGAAGAUGAAGCAUGA